GAAAACACAUAACGUUAGUACAGUGGUGAGGAUUUCAGUCUUUUCUCCUCGAAGUUAAAUCCAAGUUUUAUAAAAGUUAAAGGGUAAUGUUGUGUAAGGCUGGAUGUAGUACAGUUUGUCCAUAGAGUACUACAGUGCGUUUUAUUUAUUUAUUUUUUUUAAACGGACCUAAUGUUUUUUAUUUUUGUGAGAAAAUAAAGACGGGGAAAAGUCACCAUUGUUCGAGCUGGAUCGUCUAACGCUUUCCAGAUUUCCUGUUCCUGUGAGAAGGAGUUACCGAGGGCAGCUGACGAGAUUGAGGUGCAGUGACGCAAAACACACAGUGCACGAAAGCAGCCGUGUGGACUGACGCUCAGGACUCUGCAGCUCUGUUUAACACUCAUGGGGUCACCUUCCCCUGUCAACAUUCAGCAGAGGGACAGUAGCAGACUUGACCACAUUGGCUGACUUUUUGCUUGGUUUACCUCCUCGCAUCCAUCUCCCUUUGACCAAAGAUUUUUUCCCCUUUCUUGUUGGCUCUUGUUUUUAAACCCAACCUUUUUUUUCGGGAUCCAGACUGGGAUUUUCCCUCAUGUUAUGCACAUCAAUGGAUACCAAUGGCUCAGUGGUUAGCAUGCAAGCUGAGGAGCAGUCCUUUCAUGUCCGCUACAGGAUGGAGGUGUCCUGCCUGGAGCUGGCGUUGGAGGGCGAGCGGCUCUGUAAAGUGGGCGACUACAGAGCAGGCGUCUCCUUCUUUGAAGCUGCCAUUCAGGUGGGCACAGAGGACCUGCAGGUGCUCAGUGCCAUCUACAGCCAGCUGGGCAAUGCCUACUUCCACCUGCAUGACUACGCUAAGGCUCUGGAGUUCCACCGGCAUGACCUCACCUUGACCAGGACAAUUGGUGACCUGCUCGGGGAAGCCAAAGCCAGUGGAAACCUUGGCAACACGCUAAAGGUGCUGGGGAGGUUUGACGAGGCUGUGGUUUGCUGUCAGAGGCACUUGGACAUAGCAAGAGACAUUAAUGACAAGGUCGGUCAGGCGCGAGCUUUGUACAACUUUGGGAACGUGUACCAUGCCAAAGGCAAAAGUAUCUGCUGGAGUGGAGCUGAGCCUGGAGAUUUCCCAGAGGAGGUCAUGAUGGCACUGAGGAAAGCAGCUGAGUAUUAUGAGGCAAACUUGGCGAUAGUCAAGGAACUUGGGGACCGAGCAGCUCAGGGUCGAACCUACGGCAACCUCGGCAACACACACUACUUGUUGGGCAACUUUCGCAAAGCUGUAUCUUCUCACGAGCAGCGCUUGCUCAUAGCUAAGGAAUUUGGCGACCGCUCGGCAGAGAGACGGGCUUACUGCAACCUGGGGAAUGCUUAUAUCUUUUUGGGGGAAUUUGAAGUGGCAGCUGAGCAUUACAAGAAGACGUUGCAGCUGGCGAGACAGUUGAAGGAUCGAGCUGUGGAGGCCCAGGCCUGCUACAGUCUGGGCAACACCUACACACUUCUCCAGGAUUAUGAGAGAGCCAUAGACUACCACCUCAAACACCUCAUCAUAGCCCAGGAUCUCAAUGACAGGAUCGGGGAGGGUCGUGCAUGCUGGAGUCUUGGGAAUGCUCACACUGCACUGGGGAACCAUGACCAAGCCAUGCACUUUGCUGAGAAACACCUGGAGAUCUGCAAAGAGACUGGAGACCGAAGUGGAGAGCUGACAGCUCGUAUGAACGUGUCUGAUCUCCAGAUGGUUCUGGGUCUGAGUUAUAGCACGAAUAACUCCACUCUGUCUGAGAAUAAAGAGGUUGACUACAACCUGCAUGGAGCGAGGCCCAGGAUGAGCAGAAGACACAGCAUGGAGAACCUGGAGCUAAUGAAACUCACUCCUGACAAGAUAAAUGCUCAGAAAUGGAACAGUGAUCUCCUGACCAAACAGUCCAAACCCUCGCUGGCUAAAGCCUCCUCCAAGCUGUUCUUUGUCAGCCGCCUGCGUGGGAAAAAAUACAAGGCUGGUGGCUCCAGUAAAGUCCUCCAGGACACCAGCAACACCCUGGACACCAGCCAGACGCCCACACAGGGUCCACAGAAGCGACUCAGUCCUGACAUGCUUGGAGAUGAAGGCUUCUUUGACCUGCUGAGCCGUUUCCAGAGCAACCGUAUGGAUGACCAGCGCUGCUCCAUACAGGAUAAGGGCAGCAGGUUAUCGUUAAACGGCGGUCCAGGAUCACCUCCUAGAACCAUCAGGAAAUCUGUAUCAGAGUCCGCCAACGUCUCGGUUGCCCAAGGCCGGCGUUUAGAGGAGCUGCCAACAGCAGGAGGAGGAAGCCUGCCCGGCCUCAGGCUCAAUCAAAACAGCAACCAGGCCGUGCUCAGCCACCUGAUGGCCAACGCUGACAGUGCCGAGCCUGACGACGACUUCUUCGAUAUGCUCGUCAAGUGUCAGGGAUCCCGUUUGGAUGACCAGCGCUGUGCUCCUCCCCCUCCCCCGGUCAGAGGGCCAACUGUACCAGACGAGGACUUCUUCAGCCUCAUCAUGCGCUCUCAGGCCAAACGAAUGGACGAGCAACGCGUCACCCUGCCUUCUGCAACAAACACUACAGCCAGGCCCAGCCCUGACUCCAACUAAACUAAGCACUAAAGGGACAUCCUUUUUUUUUUUUUUUUUCCUUUUCUCUUUCAAAUCAUCUCAUGAAGGUGUGGACAGUUCCAUGACCGACCAGUGUGCGGUCACUCAGAAGAAAGCCUUGGGUCUCUUUACAGUUGUCCUCCUGGACGAAACAAAGCACUGUCAGCAUUGUAUGUAGUUCACAGCACGGAAAAGAAUUAACAAGGACUUGUUUUGCUUAACUUGCACAACACCAACAAACUCAGUAGUUUCAGGGACAAAAGUGUUGUUUUGUUAAUCCUUGUUUGUCGCGAUUCUGUCAAAUUUCAUUUCACCUUAUGUGUAUUUUUCAAUACACAACUGUUAAUAUUUAUUGUGCUUUUUUUUUGUAUGAUUGUUAUGAUUCUGUUAACUAACGUCCUGCCACUAUGAAGUGAUGAGGUUACACUCACAGUGGCGUCUGAGUCAGUGCGGAGGGACAGGUACAGCACUCUUUCCAUGCGUUUAGCUAAUACGUGAUGUUUUUCUUUGGUUUAAGAGUUACUUAUGUCUGACAAAGGAAAUUAUAUUUUAAGCAAAGUGAUAAAAGAAUGAAUUUAACCCGUGUACAGCCCUUAUACUCUUUUGUAUUAAAUGUUUCAAUGAGGUCAGAGAAAUAAACCCUCAUUCACGUAUCCACCUUGUUCUGGCAUUUUUUAAACUUUUUUUAUUCGUUUUCAACAACAUUGUAGCGUAUGCAUUUUACGAUUGUAUACAUUAUAGUUAAGUUAAAAGCAACUAAGACAAACUAAAGCCA